UAAAAAGGGGGCGGAGGCGGAACCACAACCAAACUUUUCUGGUUUAUACUAACGUGAUAAGACAGUAGUUACUGUAAUGCUAUUCAAGUCAUUUGUAGGGAGUGCCUGCACUCUAAUAGGAGCUGCUACAGCCUUAAAAUUCGCACCUGUGGAAGUCAAGGCCCAGGCAGCCGCUCUUAUUCACGGCACGGUGAGAAAAUCUCACCUGGUGGAGCAAGCAAAUAUGAGGAUUGAACUUCUCCCAGCACUCAGUGACAACUACAUGUACCUACUGAUUGAUGAAGACUCCAGAGAAGCAGCUAUUGUUGACCCUGUGGAGCCAAUAAAGGUUGUGGAAGCUGUGAGAAAACAUGGCGUAAAACUCACAACAGUUCUGACCACCCAUCACCACUGGGAUCAUGCCGGUGGAAAUGAGAAGAUGGUGAAGCUAAUGCCGGGGCUGAGGGUGUACGGAGGAGAUGACCGAGUCGAUGCCAUUACAAAGAAAGUUUCUCACUCCAACAAUGUAAAGCUUGGAUCACUGAAUGUUAAAUGUCUGUUUACGCCUUGUCACACAACUGGUCAUAUUUGCUACUAUGUGACAAAAGAAAAAAGUUCUGAGCCUCCUGCUGUUUUUACAGGUGACACGCUGUUUGUGGCUGGUUGUGGUAAAUUCUUUGAGGGUACUGCAGAGCAGAUGUACAAAGCUUUGAUAGAAAUUCUGGGACGUCUGCCUCCUGAAACGCGUGUUUACUGCGGUCAUGAGUACACCGUCAGCAAUCUGAAAUUUGCUCGUCAUGUGGAACCGCACAAUGAGGUCAUCCAGAAGAAGCUAGCAUGGGCAAAGGAGAAGUGCAGCAAUGGGGAGCCAACUAUUCCAUCCACUUUGGCAGAUGAAUUUACAUUCAACCCCUUUAUGAGAGUCAAAGAGAAGUCUGUUCAGGACCACGUGAAGCAGACAGACCCAAUCGAAACCAUGAGAAGUCUCCGGAAAGAGAAAGAUGGUUUCCGAGUUCCUAAAGAGUGAAGUCCACUGCAUUUAUGUAGACUAGAGGUGCCCAAAUCCCGUCGUCAAGAUUUACUAUCCUGCAACUUUUAGAUGCAACCCUUCUUCAACGCACCUGAAUCAGAUGAAUGGCUCAUUUCCAGGCUUCUGCAGACCUGAACGACAUGUGGAUGAGGGAAUUCAGCCAUUUGAUUCAGGCGGGUUAGAGAAAGGUUGCAUCUAAAACAGGGGUAGCCAACGUUGGUCUUCGAGGGCACCAAUCCGGCAGGUUUUCCAGAUUCCCCUGCUC